AUGGCCGACAACCACACUUACAAGUUCAACGUCUCCAUGAGCUGCGGCGGCUGCUCCGGCGCUGUUGAUAGAGUCCUCAAGAAGCUUGAUGGAAUCGAGUCCUACGACGUCUCCCUCGAGAAGCAGGAGGCCACCGUCAUUGCCAAGCCCGAGCUCGACUACGAGACCGUCCUCAAGACCAUCAAGAAGACGGGCAAGAAGGUCAACAGCGGUGAGGUUGACGGUGUCAGCAGGAGCAUUGAGCUUCCUACUGAGGUCUCGGCUGCUGCUUAA